CUGCAAAUAUUUUUUCUCACUCCGACUUAUUGCACCAGUUUAGCAAUGCAGCUAAAAAGAACAGAUCCUCAAUGUCUUUCGCAGAAAGUUUCCUCAGCGAGACAAAGUUUUAAGAUUUUGAUAAUUGACUAAUUAUCACGUAAUUAUAAAAAAUGACGACGAAUAUGGAGGAUCUACAAAAGUUAGAAGAAGAAGCGAUAGCUCGAGGCACAAAGUAUGUUACGAAUCUUUUGCAACGACCAGGUCAAUUGGAAAAAAUUGACAUGUAUAAACGUAGAAUAAGCAGAAAAAAGGCAUCCGUUGAGACUAUGCUUAAAACUGCAAUGAAAAGUCAAUUGGAUGGAGUCAGGGUAGGCUUUGAGCAGCUAGAAAGUUCUCUGGAAAGUAUCGCUACCAUCAAGGAUGAUCUGGAUUAUAUUAAUCAACUAUUCAGUUCCGUCCUGAAGAUCAGUUCAAGGUUGCAAGUAGUACAGGAGGAAAAUAUGCGUCAUUCUCAGUACGUUAUCGCCAAAGAGAACUUAAAACACAUAUUUACAGUCCCUGAAAGUGUCGAGAAAACAAAACAAUGGAUAAACGAAGGUAAAUUACUGCAUGCUCAUCAGAGUCUGAUGGAUCUUGAAAAUUCUAGAGAUGACUUACUAUAUGAACUUCAUAAGUUACCUAACCAGUCGCCAGCAGAUACAAUUAUGUUAAAAGCUUAUUUUGAGGAUGUGGAAAUGCUUUCUCAACUCAUGGAAAAACAGAUAAGGUUAGUGUUGAGUCGUACUUUGAACACAGUACGGAAGGAGCCUACUGUUAUUGUAACACCUCUGAGAAUUAUAGAGAGAGAAGAAAAAGCUGAUCAGUUUGCUAUUCAAAGACAUAAGCAAAGUGGAUUUAUGCCACCUGGUAGGCCUAAGAGGUGGAAGGAUAUGGCCAUGAAGGUACUUGAGAAAUCAGUAGCUAAUAGAAUUGAAGGAACCCAUGUGGAGGAGAGAGCAGAUAACAAGAUGUGGUUAGUAAGAUAUUUAGAACUCACAAGACUCUUGAUUCUUGAGGAUCUAAGAGUAGUAAAAACUCUAUGUAGGCCUUGUUUCCCACCCUGGUAUGAUAUAGUAAGAACUUUUGUUAAAAUGUAUCAUACCAGUCUAUCCCAGCAUUUAAAAGAUAUAAUUGCCAGUGGUCUGGAAGGAAAUGAAUAUGUUUCUCUGCUGGCAUGGAUUAUGAAUACUUAUACAGGGCCAGAAUUGAUGCAACAUUCUGAAUUGAAUAUUGACACAUCCGAUAUCGGCCCGCUUCUUAAUCCUGAGGUGAUAAAGGAUCUUCAAGAGAAAUACUUACGAAAUAUGUGUCAAAAUUACGAGGACUGGAUGAGGAAGACAUUGGAGACAGAAAAGUGUGACUGGAGGAGCGGUAUCCUACCUGAAAGCAGCACUCAAGAACUGUUUUAUCAUACUGCAGCACCAGUCAUUAUAUUUCAAAUGAUUGAUCAAAAUCUCCAAGUUGCAAAAACCAUUAGUCCUAAUCUGACAGCAGAAGUACUGGUACUCUGUAUCGAACAAGUAACUAAAUAUGGAUCUAUAUAUAGACAAGCAAUAUUAGAAUUCAAGAUCAAACAUUUCGAGGACAGAAGUCAAGUACCAUAUUUCACUCAUCAUAUGAUCACAAUAGUAAAUAAUUGUGUGCAAUUCACCGAAUUGGCACAGCAAAUGAAACAACUUUACUGGGUGCCCAACACCAGCGGUGAUGCUACUGUAAAGUUCGAGAAUCUUUUGGCGAAUUAUCAGCAAUUGAGAAAUGAAGCUGCUGCUAUCCUAUUGCAAGAGUCCUUUCUAGAUUUGGAGCUACAUUUUCAAGAUUUGAUCACACCGAAGUGGUUGUCAUCGCCUAUUCCAGUGGAAACAAUCUGCGUUACUCUGGAGGACUACUUUCAGGACUACAAUCACCUAAGUCCCAAAAACUUUGAAUACGUCAUCACCGAAGCACAAAAUCUGAUCGCGAAGCGUUAUAUAUCCGCGAUGCUGCAGAGGAAGAUAUCAUUGAAGACAUACGAUGAAUGUUUGACCUGCACAUCAAAGAUAAUGACAGAGGCGGACAAGCUAAAGAACUUCUUUGACAGGAUUGCGCCAAAAGUGGGCAACUUCAAUUCACCGUUCGAAAUAAUAAAGCGGCUUGCUGAGGUGUUGCGCUGUGAAGACUCGGAAAUACUUUCUCUCGACUUGCAUUCUCUGAUUGAAAAGUAUCCUGAUAUGACUGAAGAUCAUCUGAUCAGGUUACUCGGUCUGAGGGGCGACAUAUCGCGAGCGGAAGCCCGAGAAAAGGUUUCUUACAUCAUGGAGGCUCAACGAAACCGAAAACUCGGACAAUCAAUCACAAAUAGUAUAUUUAAGCAAAUAGUUAUUCAGGACAGUUUUCUAGGUUGGAAACCUUGAGAUUGGGGAAAGAAUUUUUACGAUGUAAAAAUAAGAAAUGCAAACGGCUUCUCUAUGUAGUAUUAUUAUCGAAAAUUAAUAUAUUUUUACAUAUACAGAGUAGAGGCAAAACAACAUAUUUGUACUGCCGUAAAAAGAU